CAGGUCUCGGUGUACUACUGGAACCAUUUCACCAAAUAAUGUGGUUGGUAAGCAGUAUCUUACAUAAGUGAAUGCAGUAAAACAACCCUGUCCUGUUGUUUUUAAUUAGCCUAUUUUAUUUGUAUGCGUAUUUUACAUGUAUGUAUUUAUAUGUAUCAUAUUGCUCAUUUAGGCCAGGGGAGGAUGUCGGAUUCCCUGGAACCAAAGUUACUGAUGGUAGUGAACCACCAUGUAGUGCUAGGAAAUCAGGUCUUUUGUAAGAGUAACAAGUACUCACACCAUGCAGCCAUCCCUAGUCCCUCUGUCCUUGUCGAGUUCUGCCUCUUGAGUACUGAAAUUAAAAGUAUGUUUCCCUAUGCCUAGUGCCCUGGUUUUUUGUUUGGUUUGAGGAUGCUUCAUAUUUUUAAAAGUGAAAGAUGACUGAAAUGCACAGCUAAACUUCCAUCUAUUUAUCUAUUAUAAAUUUGAUAAAUUUUAAACAUUCUACAAAGAAAAAUUCUUAGCACUUUUGGUAUCUACUUGAUGAUGUUUUUAUCCUGAUGGCAGAUCUAGUAGGCCAUUUGAUUUAACCUUUUGGUGGAACUGGGGUUUGAACCUAGAGUCUUAUGCAUAACAGGCAAGUUCUGUACUAUUGAGUUGUUGGCCUAACCCUGUUUUUACAUUUUAUUUUGUAAUUUGAGAUCACGUCUCACGAAGUUGCCUACCUAGGCUACCCUGGAACUAACUGUUGCACAGAUAAAUUUCCACUUGUUUAUCAAGAUGGACACCUCAGAUUCUAACGAUAAAGGAAAUGAUCAAUCUGCAGCACAGCGCAGAAGUCAAAUGGAUCGAUUGGACCGGGAAGAAGCUUUCUAUCAAUUCGUAAAUAAUCUGAGCGAAGAAGAUUAUAGACUUAUGAGAGACAACAAUUUGCUGGGCACCCCAGGUGAAAGUACUGAGGAGGAGUUGCUCAGAAGACUACAGCAAAUUAAAGAGGGCCCGCCACCACAGAGCUCAGACGAAAACAGAGGUGGAGACUCUUCAGAUGACGUGUCCAAUGGUGACUCUAUAAUAGAUUGGCUUAACUCAGUCAGACAGACUGGCAAUACAACAAGAAGUGGUCAGAGAGGAAAUCAGUCCUGGAGGGCAGUGAGUCGGACUAAUCCAAACAGUGGUGAUUUCAGAUUCAGUUUAGAGAUAAAUGUUAACCGUAAUAAUGGAAGCCAAACCCCAGAGAAUGAGAAUGAACCAUCUGCUAGACGUCUUAGUAUAGAAAACAUGGAAAACAGCAGCCAAAGGCAAAUGGAAAGCCCAGCAUCUGAGACAUCAUCUGCCAGACCAUCUAGGUCAGAACGCAAUUCAGCUGAAACAUUAACAGAAGUGCCAUCCACCAGAGGUCAGAGGAGAGCAAGAAGCCGGAGCCCAGAACAUCGGAGAACCCGAGCCAGAGCUGAAAGAAGUAGGUCACCUCUGCACCCAACAAGUGAAGUUCCACGAAGAUCUCAUCAUAAUAACUCAUCUCAGACUUUGGAGAACCCUUUGGUAAAUGAGAUUGAGGGAAGUUCUAGAACCCGUCACCAUGUGACCUUAAGACAGCAGAUAACUGGACCUGAGCUGCUAGGUAGAGGUCUUUUUGCGGCUUCUGGGCCAAGAAGUGCCUCUCAGGGGACAAGUUCUUCAGACACAGUUAGCAAUGGUGAAUCUGCGGGGUCUGGUCAGAGACCGCCAACCAUAGUCCUUGACCUUCAAGUAAGAAGAGUUCGUCCUGGAGAAUACCGACAGAGAGAUAGUAUAGCUAGCAGAACUCGGUCCAGGUCUCAAGCACCAAACAACACAGUCACCUAUGAGAGUGAACGUGGAGGCUUUAGGCGCACCUUUUCACGUUCUGAACGUGCAGGUGUGAGAACCUAUGUCAGUACUAUCAGGAUUCCCAUUCGUAGAAUCUUAAAUACUGGAUUAAGUGAAACUACAUCUGUUGCGAUUCAAACCAUGUUAAGGCAGAUAAUGACAGGUUUUGGUGAGCUAAGCUACUUUAUGUACAGUGACAGUGACUCAGAGCCUAGUGCCUCAGUUUCCAGUCGAAAUAUAGAGAGAGUAGAGACACGGAGUGGAAGAGGGAACUCUGGUGGUAACAACUCUGGUUCCGGCGCUCACUCCAGCCCUAGCCCCAGUUCUAGCGGUGAAAGUUCAGAAAGUAGCUCAGAGAUGUUCGAAGGCAGUAAUGAAGGAGGCUCAACUGGCCCAGCAGGUGGCCGGAGAGAUGGUCGACACAGGGCCCCAGUUGCAUUUGAUGAAAGUGGCUCUUUGCCAUUCCUUAGUCUGGCUCAGUUUUUCCUCUUGAAUGAGGAUGACGACGACCAACCUAGAGGACUCACCAAAGAACAGAUCGAUAACUUGGCAAUGAGAAGUUUUGGUGAAAACGAUGCAUUGAAAACAUGCAGCGUUUGCAUUACAGAAUAUACGGAAGGCAACAAACUCCGAAAACUACCUUGCUCCCAUGAGUACCACGUCCACUGCAUCGACCGCUGGUUAUCGGAGAAUUCCACCUGUCCCAUUUGUCGCAGGGCAGUCUUAUCUUCUGGGAACCGAGAAAGUGUUGCAUAAUGAGAACAGAACUCUCAGCUGUGUAGCUGGAAUAGUGAUGGGCAAACAGAAAUCACUUGCUUUAUGUUCACUUUUUUGAGUGGUGCUUAAAUAUAAAGUCAUAACCUGAAUUGAGUCAUUGCUUUCUGAGGGAAUCAUGUCUUUUCUCUAAUUUCUCUUUCAGGAUGCAAAGAAUAUUUCAGAAGCAACGUUUUAGGACUUAAAUGUUUGGUUUCAGCACCAGAUAAUUGCUAACCUGUUACUCAUAAUUUACCCAUGUACACUUGUCAUUUUUCCCUUUGUUAUCUUAAGGUCUGCCCUAGCAGUGGCUUCUAUCAUGUUGACCUCUUUUGAAAGUUUCCCAGGCCAUAAGAGAGGCAUGAAGAAUUCCCACUCAAGACUAAGUUCCAUUAUGCGUUUUGUAAGUGAUGAACUGAAACUAUACCAUUCCCAGUUAUUGACACAAAUUCAGUCACAUUCUGGAUAUUGUUUGUUCACCUUCCCGAGUAGGUGACGAUGGACAUACCAGUGUAAAUAACACUAAACAGUUAGGAUCUUCUAAGUGUAUUAACUGUCCUAAGCCCAUCACUGUGGCACACAAUAGAGUGAACUUAUAGUUUAAUUGAGAUAUUUAUCUUGUGGAAAUAUUAAAAAAAACCUAUGCUUGUGUAAGUGAAAAAAAUCACAUUCAUUUGUUUAAAAAUGUAAAGCUAUUUUGUAGAGGCUCAGUACUUUUCCAAUGCACUGUUGUAUUAAUGCAUUCAAAAUUGUAAAGUACCAUGCUUAGAAAUGAGAACUGCUUUUUGUGAGCCAGCAUAGUAAAACAAACACACCAAACAAAGUACGAAGCUGCUUUUGUAAGUGUGCAGAUGUCAAGAGCAGAACAUAUCUCUAUUUAAUGUAUUUGUGAACAGCUACUGUGACAUGAAAAGGAAAGGACCAUGCAGAGUCAAAUGCAUUAAAGACCAGUGGAGAUCAUGUGUUUUAACUUGGAUUUAGGCAGGAAAUGAUAGAUGAGGGUAAAGAAAACUGCUCUGAAGAAUGGGACAUUUUCAUGAUGACAGUAAUAUAGACAUGAACUGGCUUCAUAUGGUGAAAGGCACAGCAGCUUGACCCAGUAUUCUACUUGAAUAGAUGAAGAUCAGCAAAUUUGGCAGAGCUGUCUUUGGUUUAAGAAAAACAAAGCACUACCACCUAGCACGAGUUAAGUUGAUGUUUUUGCAAUCUGCUCCUCAAAAAAAAUAGGAAAGAAAGGUGGGGAAAGAGAUUUCUAAACCAAUUUUAAAGGAAGGAUUUUUGUUGGUACAGAUGGGUGUGCUAUUGGAAAAGUCUCGGAUUUGCUUGUUUUCGAGAUUUAUCAUUAAGGUACUAGUGCACACUUGUCUAUUUCAUUGCUGUACUAGCAGAUCUAACAUGCCACAUUUAAAGACCUGUUCAUAAAUUAAGAGACUUUAUCUUUUAUUGAAAGUGAGGCAUGUCGGGUUACUUGAAAUUCAGAUUCCAGUUGUGUUGCCCAUAUUUGAAGAUGAGAUUGCUGGCUCACAUCUAUGGACACGCACUUUAUUGUUUUUUAGUGGUAAGACUAGAUUGUGGUAACCCCAAUACUCUUGCCUGGUUUUUCUUUUGAGGCAGAUUGGGGUUAAGAUUAGUCUGGCCAUUUCUUUGAGGUAAAGCUACCAGGCCAGAAAAGAAGCUGGAUUGAACACACAUACAUCCCUGGCCAAAUGAACUAACUAUUCAGGUUUAGUUCAGGACUCCAGAAAAUGUUUUACCCACAUCUGAUUUAGAAAUUACCUGCUUACCCUCACUGAUAUGACCUUAGCAGUAAAGAUUAUUUCAAAGUUCAUUCUUUCAUGUUUUACUCUGGCUUUCAAUCCUACCUAAGUAUCAAGGAAAUUAAAUUGUAAAUAUGGUAGUUGUUUACAAAGGAUAUGUACUGCUCUUGCAAGGAAAUAAUGUCCAAACAAAGCUUCACUUAUUUUUUUUAAUAUAAGCAGAUUUCACUGUUAAUGGCGCUUAUGUAAUACAUUUUUAUCUUUUUAAAAGAAUUGUCCAUGUAAAAGUCAGGAUUCCUUUAUAUUUGUGAACCUCCUUGUCACCUUUGUAUGGUUUUCAGAUCUGCAGCAUAGUCCUGAUUAACUAAAAACAAAUCCAUUUUCCUUUUGGUAAAAUGUUCCGCUUUAGGGGUGUUCAUUUUCUAUAGCUCAAAAACAACUGCAGCACAUUUUAAACAUGAAGUUACUGACAACAGGUACCUCCCUGACCUCCCCAAAUGUGUUACUCAUUUGUGAAGUACUGAAGUCAGAGGUAACGCAAGCAGGAUGCUGGUUAUGAAUGGAGUUGUUGAAACUCUUCAGAAACACUGGAACCCAAUCUUCCAUUUCCAGCCUUCAGUAGAACGCACAUGUUUGAUGUGCAUGUAGACACUUUCAAAUAGCACUCAUAUCUCUUGAGUUGUGGAGAAUGAAUACAAGUAUUUUUAGUGGGAUUUGCUUUUUUAUUUUACAAAGUCCAUGACUAUUAUAUAUUACCGGUGUUGCGGACGUUAAAGAUAUGGUUGUUUGUAUAGGUGUCAGGUAUACAAUAAAAAACGUAAAUAUUUUCCCUCAUUUGUGUCCAAACACCUACUCUUGAGGGAACAUUUUCUUGCAAAAGACUUUACAUUUCAUUUUGUAUCUUUGCACUUUUUCUUUAUCACGGAAAGGUUCUGUCUUUAAGACCUACUUUGAACUUCAUGCAGUAAUAAUGUUCGGAGAUUACAUUGUUCCAAGCAUAGGGAAAAGUACUACAGCCUGAUUCUCCUUGACUAUUUCAAAGGUUUUUUUUAAUCCGCUUACUAGUGUAAAGGUUUGCAGUGUUUUAUUUUAUUCCACGCAGCUUACAUAUUGAGAUUUAUUAGUGCUGAAAAGUUGAACAAGUUAAAAAAUGGCAGGCUAUUUGCCGUAACACUGAAGAGAGCUGUGGUGGGAAUUUGGAACAUUUUCUCUGAAAAGAACAUGUUAGUUGCACCACUAUGUUAAUAGAGGCAGCAUAGGAGAGAGGGAGGAGGCUCACAUACUAGUGUUGAACAGGUAAUUGUUCAAUUGGAAAGGAAAUGUUAGUGCCAGGAGAUAGUCCAUCUCUGGGGAUAUGAUUGUCAGAAUCCAUCCAAUGUAGGAAACUGGUUAAGUGUUACCUUAAGCAAUGGGUUUUUGUCUCCUGGGAAAACUUCAUUUCUGUGCCAAGUAUCCUCUGCUUUUGUCAAUGUCUUCUAUUUAUGAAGGGGUUGCAUUUAGUAUGUUUUGUUUUUAACCACCGGCUUCUAUGACUUUCAGUCAGUUCUCCAAAUACACAUGUGAUAAAAGAGGUCAGUGUUGCAAAAUGACUGUUAGAGGCCAUUUGGUUUGCUAGAAUGCAGUGGCACCUUAUGGUUGACAUUUUUUUUAACAGAUGGAGACUUUUAAAAUUCUUUUGUGAAAGGAAAUAAUUUGUAAUAUGCCUUAGUUGAUUUUUAAAUGUUUUUUUUUUCCUGACCGGCUUCUGCGUUACGCGUCUUACCAAAAAUAUGCAGUACACGGAAGCCACACCUGCAGAGCACUUAGGGUCCUUGCUAAUCUAAGACAGUUCUGAUUGUUACUUUCCAAAGUGUUCUUUCUGUACCUUUGUCACGGUGGAGAAGGCAAGUGUGAAGGUGUCUGCUUUUCCCCGUUAGUACAGUUCAGUAUGUUCAAUGCUCAGUAACAGUGCUGGAAUUGGUUCUUUUCAAAAAUGAUUUUAAAUGUACAUUGAUGUAUCAUGCUUUGCCUGGGAAGUUAAAGUGCAAGAUCUGAGGAAAGAGUAUUCUAAGGCACAGUUUAAGCAAAUAAGACAGCUGUGAACUUGAUAUCUGCCCUGUACGGUUUUUUAGCAUUCUGAAUUACUGUUUUUGAGAUAGGGUCUUGUGCUGUGUACUCAGCUGUCUUGGAACUUACUCUGUGGACCAGGCUCAAAUUUGUGGCAGUCCUUGCGCCUCUGCCUCCUGAGUGUUGGAAUACAAGUACUUGUCACCAAACCUACCUAGCUCAGCACUCUGAAAUUAAGGAUUCCUUUGCCUUCACUGGAACAUUUCUAAAAUACCGUCCAACACUCCAGGAAGUGAAUGGCCUCAUGUAAGUCACCAUAGUUUGCAUCUAAAAGCCUACAGCUUAGAAUAGAAUUACUACCAGAAAAUUUUUUCAAAGUAUCCGUUUUAUGAUUGUUUUCAUGUCCCUGUUGGUGUCUGGAUUCGAAUCUCUGAACUACAGUGAGAUACUUGGGACUUUUUUGUUUUGGUUUUUUGAGAGGGUCUUGUUUUGUAGCCCAGGCUGGCCUGGAAUUACUGAUCCUCCUAAUGGCUGGGAUUACAGGUGUGUCUCACCCCACCCAGCAAGGAUUUGUUUAUUAAAGUCCCACAGCUGUUUUAUAGUCACUUGGAUUAGCAGCUGUCUAGAGAUGCGCAGUGAAAGUGAACCCUAUCAUGCCACUGUGCCUUGUUUGGUUUCCCUCAUUUCUCAUCUUGAAGAUUGUUUCCAGUUCCAAUUUCUAGUGAAGCCAACUGCUCAGCCUUAGCUCUGCUCAGUGCCCUGUUACUAACAUUUUUAACGGAUUGGAUUUUAUUGGUUUAAACUGUCCAGCAUUUGUAUUUUACCUCUUGAUAGCUCCAUUUGUUCCUGGUGCUGCUGCUUUAUAGUGUCCAGUGGAGUAGGUACGCAGUUGGCCUGGUUAUGGACCUAUGUCUGUCUUCUCCCAGGAAAAGCUACUUUGGUGUAGAUGUUUACUUGGGUCCCUGUAAAGAACUGAGCAGCAAUCCUGGAAAGCUCUGUGAAGCCCCUAAGAUCUUGAAAGGAUUUGGAAAGGGCAGCCCUUAAGUCUUUGGCUGUGAAGCACAUGUGUGCAUGCUGUGUAAAAACUAAAGUGAUUGUCAUAGCAGGGCUUCCUGACCUCCGGGGAACACUUGGAGAAAGCAACAGAGGAGCACAAAGGGAAGUGAAUUUGCUUGGCUUGCUUUGUCUGGUUUCUCCUUUCCAUUUACAUUUGAACGAAACCCCCUUCUCCAGUAUCUGAUCCAGCAAACUCCUGGUUGGGAAGCCCUGUAUUAAAUUUUGAGAAUGUACUCAACUUUUUUUUGUACAGUGCUUUACACCUGCUAAAAUUUAACUUGUUUCAUGCAGAACAAGACCUUGAAAGGUCACUCAUUAAAUCUGGUUUGACUAUUAAUAGCUAUCUUUUAGGAAGAAGCUUUUUCCCUAUGUACAAUGUCAUACUGCAGACUUAAAAUAUAGACUAUCAAUAAAAUGCAUGAAGUGA